AUGGCAGGUUACAGAAAAAGGAAACUGGACAGAGAGGAUUUUCUCAGUGACAUUGUUACAGCGUUUGAAGAAAGAAUACACACUGAUGUUAUUGUUAAACCUGGUGAUGGUGGGCCUGGAAUUCCCGCUCACAAAGCUGUUUUGGCAGUGAGGUCGAAAGUGUUUAGCUACAUGUUGGACUCGGAUGAAUUCAAAACUUCAAUAGAGGGAUCAAUCACUAUUCCUGACUUGAGUUAUGAAGAACUAAAGACUCUACUCAAGUUCUUCUACGACGGUUUCCUGAGUUUCACCACCAAACACAUUCGAGCUCUCUAUCUUGCUGCCGACAAGUAUGACAUAGAAUAUCUCCAAGAUAUAUGCAGAGAGCAAUUAACCUAUUCUUUGACUGUGAGCAAUGUUCUCGACAUCCUUAUGCUGUCUAGUAUCCCUUCUGACAAACUCUUGAUGACAUCUGCGAUAGAUUUUAUCGUAAUUCACAUGAAAGAGAUCGUCAAUUCCAGUAAAUAUAAAGCAUUUGUUCGGGGGAACCCUGAUCUAAGUUUGGAAAUUACAAAGGCCUAUAUUACUUAUAAGGGUAAGAGGUACUGA